UAGACAAAUAGCCCUGAGCAAGAUGUGAGGAUUUUAUGCAGCAGCCAGACAUGUCUGAAAGUUCCUCAGGUCUGACUACAAGCAAUCAGAAAUUCUUAAAGUCUUAUUCCUCCUGCUGCUCCAUCCUGAGGGAUGCACACGAUACUCCACUGGUUUUACCCCAAAACAGAGGAGCCCUCGGGCAGAACUGGGACCCCAGGCUCCCUUUCCCACUUCCUUCUGACUCCUUCAAGUACCUUGGCUGGUGUGACAUAGAGGAACACGGUGUUCGAGGAAAUCAGCUCCUCUGUCCCCGAGUCAGGGAAGGGCCCUCAGAAGAAGAGCUGUUUUUCAGAAAAGAAGAACAUACUCUGAAAAGAAGAAAACAAGUAACUGACCCAGAGAAAUGGGAAAAGAGGCUGCAAGAGAACUGGGAAAACUGUGCUGAGUUGAACCUUUCCUUCCAGGACCUGGGUGAUCUUUAUCAGGUGGAAAACUUCAAAAGAAUCCUCCGAAGGUUAAUUCGGGUGGAAAAGCUUUGGUUGGUGGACAAUUCUUUGACAGACCUCAGUGCCAUAAGGUUGCCAAGAUGCAGAGAGCUAAAUGUAAAUAAAAACCACUUUACAUCCUUCAAACAGCUGCCAAAGAUCCCUCAGAUUCAGCACUUAUCUCUCGCUGAAAAUAACAUCACGACCCUGAGUGGGAUUUCAGACUUCAGACACACUCCACUUGAAUCCCUGGUCCUCAAGAGGAAUCCCUGUGAGUUCCAGGAAAGAUACAGACAGCUUGUGUUCUCCAAUUUGCCAAACCUGAAAAUACUGGAUGGCAUCCCAAAACUGCCAGAGGACUGCUCACCCCCUGAUGUCAAGUUUUUUUACAGAAUGUGUACUCUACUCUAGCACAGUAUUUUUGUAGGAUCACAAUUGUGCUACAACCACCUUGCUUAAAAGAGACUGUAAAUCCUGGUUAUGGAAGUUUCUUUUUUGUUUUUUUUUUUUUUUUUACUGGUCAAAGAGAUAUUGAAACAGAAAUAAAACAUUUUUGAGUGCACUUGUGAUACCAAAUAAGUAUGGGUAUGGUAUGUAAAUAAGACAUAAUGUUAUACAGGAUAUCAUGAGUUUGGUGUAUUAAAAACAGCGUGUGAUUUUCUCAUUUAGCAACUCUGUGUCAACAGCAACUCACAAUUAUUGACUCCCACUGCAUUUCAUUAGAGCACAGCCAAGCUCAGACCCCAGGCUCAUUGUGAGAAAUGACACAGGGGAUGGACACCCAAAGAAAAGGAAAACAAAUCCCACAGCUGAAUAAAAAGCCCCACCAAUGUCCAAGUGCUCUUUAACGAGCUUUGUACAUGGCAGAAGCUGAGCCACCCCAAUCACUUUGAGCCUAAUAAUUAAAAAAUAUCUUGCUUUGGAGUUUG